CCGCCCCGGCGCGGUAUAUAGUAAAGGUAGGGCGUGCGGUCCGCCAAUUUCUCCGCUUCAGGCGGGCGCGUGGGGGUCCGUUCGCUGUCCGUCCGUCCGUCCUUCUCUCUGACUUUCUCCUUCCUCUGCCUACCUCUGCAGAGGUCACAGGAGGCGGGGGCCGAGCACGCGGCCCCAGUGGCAGCCGGAGCGGCAGCUGCUUCGCCGAGCCCCCAAACCCCUAAGGGCAAGAGGAGCGCGUGGCGGACCAAAGAGAGCCCGCGAGUGGCCGUGCGCCCACCAAUAGGUGCGGGGCUCGGAGCCGCCCAGCCUGCGCGGCCCCUCCCUCUGCCCCCCGCCCCCGCCGCCGCCUCUCCGUCCUCCAGCUCCUGCCUCUGCCCCUCCAGCGCGCGUCUGGCACUCGGAGAGCCGCAGCGGCAGCGGCGGGUGCAGCCUGCGGAGAGCCGGGCCGGGGCCGCCAACCAGCAGCCCGCGAGGGCGCGCGCCGCACUCACGCACCCUCAGCCCCCGCGGCAGCCGCUGACCCGCCACCAUGGCCCGCGGAAAAGCCAAGGAGGAGGGUAGCUGGAAGAAAUUCAUCUGGAACUCGGAGAAAAAGGAGUUUUUGGGCAGGACCGGUGGCAGUUGGUUUAAGAUCCUUCUGUUCUACGUGAUAUUUUAUGGCUGCUUGGCUGGCAUCUUCAUUGGGACCAUCCAGGUGAUGCUGCUCACCAUCAGCGAAUUCAAGCCCACAUACCAGGACCGAGUGGCCCCACCAGGAUUAACACAGAUUCCUCAGAUCCAAAAGACCGAAAUUUCCUUUCGUCCUAAUGAUCCCAAGAGCUAUGAGGCCUAUGUGCUCAACAUAGUUAGGUUCCUGGAAAAGUACAAAGAUUCCGCCCAGAAGGAUGAAAUGAUUUUUGAAGAUUGUGGCAAUGUGCCCAGCGAAAUCAAAGAACGAGGAGAAUUUAAUAACGAGCGAGGAGAGCGAAAAGUCUGCAGGUUCAAGCUUGAGUGGUUGGGAAAUUGCUCCGGAAUAAACGAUGAGUCUUAUGGCUACAAAGAGGGCAAACCAUGUGUCAUAAUAAAGCUCAACCGAGUUCUGGGCUUCAAACCUAAGCCUCCCAAGAAUGAGUCCUUGGAGGCUUACCCCGUGAUGAAGUAUAGUCCCUACGUCCUGCCGGUCCAGUGCACUGGCAAGCGAGACGAAGAUAAGGAUAGAGUUGGAAACGUGGAGUACUUUGGACUGGGCGGCUACCCCGGUUUUCCUCUGCAGUAUUACCCCUACUACGGCAGGCUCCUGCAGCCCAAGUACCUGCAGCCGCUGCUGGCCGUACAGUUCACCAACCUCACCAUGGACACUGAAAUCCGCAUCGAGUGUAAGGCGUACGGUGAGAACAUUGGGUACAGUGAGAAAGACCGUUUUCAGGGACGCUUUGAUGUAAAAAUUGAAGUUAAGAGCUGAUCACAAGCACAAAUCUUUCCCACUAGCCAUUUAAAAAGUUAAAAAAGAUACAAAAACAAAAACCUACUAGUCUUGAAUAAACUGUCAUAUGUAUGGGACCUACACUUAAUCUAUAUGCUUUACACUAGCUUUCUGCAUUUAAUAGGUUAGAAUGUAAAUUUAAAGUGUAGCAAUAGCAACAAAAUAUUUAUUCUACUGUAAAUGACAAAAGAGAAAAUAAAAAUUGAGCCUUGGGACGUGCCCAUUUUUACUGUAAAUUAUGAUUCCGUAACUGACUCGUAGUAAGCAGUGUUUCUGGCCCCUGAGUACCGCUGCCUUGUGUAUUCGGUUUAGUGUCCAGUAUUGUAGGUGCACACACUGGUCGUUUCUCAAGCCAUGUUUUAUCAUAUCUGUUUUCUACUUUAUGUGAGCAAGGUUUGCUGUCCAAGAUGUAAAUAGUCAAUGGGAAUAAAACUGGCAUGGUACUUUUUAUUUUUUAUUUUUUUUUUGGUUUGGCUCUUUCAAAAAUAAUGGCCCAUCAAUGAGCAUUUUUAACACACUCCAUAGUCUUUUCCUGUGGUGUUAGGUCUUUACUUUUUGUUUUUUGUUUGUUUUUUUUUCUGGGGCUGGGGGUGGGGGGGAGCUGUCAUGGGGGAACUGCCCUUUUAAUUUUAAGUGACACUACAGAAAAAUAAUACAAAAAGGUGAGGGGUUGUGUUGUGCUUUGUAUUGAAUGCCGUCUCGACAUCUCUUCCCUUGUCCUCCAGUACGUUCUGAAGCUGUGUAUGAGAUCUGGAUCGCCUGUCACUUGGGCUGGUGACAGGCCUAAUUCAUUUGCUUUGUACAUUUUCCUUUACUUUUCCUUUUUUCCUUUCUCUGGAGGCAUCACAUGCUGGUGCUGUGUCUUUAUGAAUGUUUUAACCAUUUUCAUGGUGGAAGAAUUUUAUAUUUAUGCAGUUGUACAAUUUUAUUUUUUUCUGCAAGAAAAAGUGUAAUGUAUGAAAUAAACCAAAGUCACUUGUUUGAAAAUAAAUCUUUAUUUUGGACUUUAUAAAAAGCAAUGCAGUACCCCAUAGACUGGUGUUAAAUGUUGUCUACAGUGCAAAAUCCAUGUUCUAACAUGUAUAAUAAUUGCCAGGAGUACAGUGCUCUUGUUGAUCUUGUAUUCAGUCAGGUUAAAACAAUGGACAAUAAAAGAAUGAACACAUUC